GCGAGGAGGAGGAAAGACCGCACCAAACUUCUCCUAGACGCGCUCAAGGAUGGAGCUCUCUCACGCUCGCGUUGCACGGGAAGUUUCGGAUCACUAACGGGAAACCAGCGACCUUCUGCGGAGCGAGCGCACGCAUGGGUUUCUCGGUGCCGUCGGCGUGUUAGUGCAGUGGAGCCUGACGCAUCCAAGUCAUGAUCCUGCUCACGCUGUUGCCACUUUUGCUCUCUGGCGCGCUCGGAAACAGAACCACGUCGCAGGUGCCGUUCUUCCACGGCCAUGUGUUCGAGAACUCCUCGCCCGGCUCCCGGGUCAACGGUCUGUCGGUCCCGUUAAAGCGACUCAACUCGCACUGGCUGUGCGGCUCCGCUCCCGACCCGGCGCACUUUAAACUGCUCGGAGACGGGAGCCAGAAUUUCCGAGUGCUGGCGCACCACGCGCGCGGACAUGUUUUGGUGAAAACUUCUGGGGUUCUGGACCGCGAGGAGCGGGCUGAGUACGCGCUGCGUCUCGCCGUCUGCUGCGGCCAGACGGAAGGGAACGGCGAGCCUCCGGUGGUAGCCUCUUUUAAAGUGGACGUUCUGGACAUCAACGACCACCAGCCGACCUUUCCUGCAGCGGACGUGAAGCUGAGCGUGGACGAUGCCACCGCGCUCCGCACCGCCGUGUACGCGGUCAGCGCGCGGGACAACGACAGCGGGAAGAACGCGGAGCUCAUCUACUUCGUUUUACCCAAAAACGGGAGUUUCUACGCGGUGCCCAAGACCGGCGAGAUCCUGCUGGUGGACUCCAUCCUCGGCUUGGAUGAGCCUAUCAAGUUGGAGGUGUUCGCCCGGGAUCGAGGCUGGCCAGCUCGGACUAGCGAGGGCGUCUCGGUGGAGAUCAGUCCACGGCAGUGGCCCCUGGGGACGCGCGCGCGGCAGCCGAGACGAACGUCCAGGUCUGUCCUGGAGUCGGACACGCCGGUUUUCAUCAACGUUUCCGAGGACGCGGGCAUCGGGUCAGUGGUGAUGAACCUGAAUCCGGUCAAGUUCCAGUCCGCCACGUUCGAGCUGGUGGAGCCGGACGCGGAGAGCUCGCCGGUGAGCGUGAGUCGUGACACCGGGGAUAUAGUCAUCACGCGGAAACUGGACCGGGAGACCGAACCUCUGGUGGAGAUCAGCGUCAAAGUUCAGGACAAAAGAGGUCAAGAGUGGUACUUAGUGCGAGUGGAGCUGACUGUGACUGACGUGAACGACAAUGUCCCGGAAUGGAACAUGGUCCCGUCUCCGUAUCUGGCAGUCGUGUCUCCUGACGCGCCCGCGGGCUCUCUGGUCUACAAGCUCUAUGCUGAGGAUGGGGAUGAAGGCAACAAUGGGGAGGUGGAGUACUUCCUGUCUGACGGUGGCGAUGGUCGCUUCGAAGUGGACCGGAAGAGCGGCCAGUUGAGAACCACUGGCCUCCCGCUGCAGAGGGACAGGGAGUAUCUCCUGACCGUGGUGGCCGCGGAUCGGCUGGGAAGCCGCAGCGCUCCGGCUGUGAUCUCAGUGGUGGCAGGAGCUCGGCCCCCUCAGUUCACCAACGCUUCCUACACCAUCGCUCUGCCAGAGAACACACCGGAAGGACAACCCUUCUUGGUGACCCCGGCCGUGUCUUUCCAGAAGAAAGCCAUCAGCUACAGUCUGGUCAUCAAUCCCAGCAGCCUCUUCACCAUCUCCGCGGAGACGGCCGAGAUCAGCCUGACGCGCUCCAUCGACUAUGAAAGCGACCAACACCGUUACUUGCUGCUGGUGCGGGCCGGCGAAGGCAAGGACAGCAUGAGCAGUGCGGCUGAGGUGCGCGUUAUCAUUGUGGAUGAAAACGACUGUGUCCCAGAGUUUCUCCAAUCGAUUUACAGCAAGGACGGCGUUCCAGAGACCGUGAUGACGGCGACGUCUCUCCUGCAAGUCUCGGCCAGCGACUGUGACUCUGAGAAGAACGCUGAGUUGACCUACUACACCCUGAGCCCAGACUUCACCAUCUCCCCGCACGGAACCAUCUUCCCCGCCGGAGCCCUGGAUUACGAGAGGCCAAAUCACCUGUACGAGUUUGUGGUGAUGGCGGUGGAUAAGGGAGACAUCCCUCGCACCGGCACUGCCACUGUACGGAUCAGGAUGGCCAAUGUCAACGACGAAGUGCCAGAGUUCUCCCAACACAUAUAUCGAACAUUUGUCUCGGAGGAUGCUGGUCCAAACACGCUCGUGGCCACUGUCCUUGCCAAGGACCCAGACGGCGACGGCAUAAUGUACAGGAUCGCUUCAGGAAACGAGGAGGGCAACUUUGUCAUCGACAGCCAAAAGGGUCUGAUUCGCCUGCGCUCCAGCCCUCCGCCUCGUCUGCAGGGUGUUGAAUACGUCCUCAAUGUGACGGCGACGGAUGACAAUGCCUCAGGCGGACCCCAGGCCUUAUCAUCCACCGCACAGGUCAUUGUGGGAGUGGACGACGUGAAUAACAACAAACCUGUCUUUGAGAAGUGCCACCAGUACCGAGAGAGCACGUCGGUUCUGGAGAACCAGCCAACAGGGACGUUUGUCCUGCAGGUCCUCGCCGUAGAUGCUGAUGAGGGCUCCAAUGGAAAGGUGACAUACGGCUUCAUGCACAAAGACUCCACGGUGCCAGCUUUCAGUAUUCACCCUGAGACAGGCGUCAUACUCACUGCCAGGAAAUUUGACCGUGAACGCCAGCGAGAGUACGCCGUGACGGUGACGGCCACCGACCAGGCUGCUGACCCGCUGAUCGGCAUUUGUCAACUGACCAUCCUCAUCCUGGAUCAGAACGACAACAGUCCUAAAUUUGAGAACAUCAGAUACGAGUAUUAUCUCCGCGAGGACACGAUGAUUGGGACCAGCUUUCUGCGUGUCGCAGCUCAUGACGACGACUUUGGGACAAACGCUGCAGUCACGUAUUCUAUGUCCACUGAGCAGCCCGAGUACCUCAGAGUCAACCCCAUGACUGGCUGGGUGUAUGUCAACCAGCCCAUCUCCCAGAGGACAUACAUCACCAGGGAAAUCAUCGCUACAGACGGAGGAAACCGGAGCAGCUCAGUGGAACUGGCAGUCACCAUCACCAAUGUGAAGAAUCAGCCUCCACAAUGGGAAAAGGAUAGCUACAGUGUGGUCAUUCCUGAAAACACAGUUCGAGACACGCCCAUCGUGACCAUUAAAGCCACCUCACCCCUGGGGGACCCGAGAGUGACCUACAACCUGGAAGACGGAAUGGUACCUGAGACCAACAUGCCGGUCCGAUUCUAUCUGACCCCCAACCGGGAAGACGGCUCAGCCUCAAUCUUGGUGGCGGAACCUUUGGACUACGAGACGACUCAGAAUUUCAUGCUUCGAGUCAGAGCCCAGAAUGUGGCAGCCGUUCCGCUAGCAGCCUUUUCGACGGUCUUCAUCAAUGUCACAGAUGUCAAUGACAACGUGCCAUUUUUCACAUCCUCCAUCUACGAGGCGUCAGUCACGGAAGGUGCUGCUUCGGGAGCCUUGGUGUUCCAGGUCUCCGCCAAUGACCUGGACCUGGGACUGAACGGCAAGAUCACCUACUCGCUGCUCGAGGAUCGCAGCGGCGACCACCAAUAUUUCCGCAUCGAUCCAGAGUUGGGCUACAUCUACAGUGAGGCCGUGUUUGACCGUGAGACGAAAAGUUCAUACCUGCUGGAGGUCCAGUCCGUGGACAGCUGGGAGUCAUCGCGGCCAGGCAAACAUGGGCAGCCAAACUCUGACACGGCGUACGUUCGCGUUUUCAUCAGUGACGUCAACGACAACAAGCCAGCGUUCGCCAAGGCUUCCUAUGAAGUGGAUGUGGAUGAAGACGCCGACGUCGGCUUUGCCAUCCUGACUGUUAGUGCCAAUGAUGGGGACGAAGGUGGAAAUGCAAAACUGCGCUACCAGAUCACGUCGGGGAACACCGGAGGUGUGUUUGAUGUUGAACCGGAGGUGGGCACCAUCUUUAUCGCGCAGCCUUUGGAUUAUGAGCAGAACAAAAGGUACAAGCUCCACGUCCUCUCCUCGGAUGGCAAGUGGGAGGAUUACACCACCGUGACUGUGAAUGUGGUGAACAAGAACGACGAAGCCCCGGUGUUCACCGUGAAUGAGUACUACGGCAGCGUAACGGAGGAGCUGAAUGGGUCGCCUGUUUUCGUCCUGCAGGUAACAGCGUCCGACCCGGAUAAGGAUGCGGACCAGGAGGCCCUGCGCUACUCCCUCCAUGGUCAAGGGGCAGAGAGCGAAUUCAUCAUCGAUGAGGUCACGGGUAAGAUUUAUGCCCAGCGGACCCUCAACAGGGAGGAGCGGGCCGUUUGGCGGUUUGUCGUCCUGGCCACCGAUGAGGGCGGGGAAGGUCUGACUGGCUUCACCGAUGUCAUCAUCAACGUCUGGGACAUCAAUGACAACAUACCGGCCUUCACCUGCACUCCCAGCUGCCAUGGCGAGGUGGACGAAAACUCCGUCAUCGGCACGUCCGUGAUGGAAAUGACCGCCACGGACCUGGACGACACAGCGGUGGGGCAGAACGCGGUUCUCUCCUACAGGGUUCUGGGGAUUCUAGACACCUCAGACGUGGAUGAGGGAAGAGGGCCGACCUUCUCGGAAAUGUUUGCCAUCAACCCGACCACCGGGACCAUUACAGUUGCCAUGAAUGGACUGGACCGAGAGCAGGUGGAGUCAUACCUGCUCGUGGUGGAGGCCCGGGAUGGAGGCGGAAUGACUGGGACUGGAACUGCCACUAUUAAAAUCAAAGACAUGAAUGACCAUGCGCCGCGGUUCACCGAUCAUUCUUGCAUGGCGAGAAUCUCAGAAAACGCGGAGCCAAAUGCUGAGGUUCUGGAGCUCAGGGCGGAGGACAGGGACACGGGGGAAAACGCCCUGCUCACCUUUAGUGUCGUGGCUGGAGACCAGGAACAGAAGUUUUACAUGAUCAGUCACAAGCAGGAGCAAAGGGGGACACUGAGACUGAAGAAGCGCCUCGACUACGAGAGACACAGUGAGCAAAGGUUCAAUCUGACACUGAAGGUGGAAGAUCUCGACUUCUCCAGUUUCCUGCACUGCGUGGUUGAGGUGGAAGACUUCAACGACCACGCUCCGGUCUUCAUUCCACACUUUCUGUCUCUCUCUCCAUUACCCGAAGACAUCAGUGUGGGAACCAGUGUGGCUCAUUUAAUUGCCAGCGACUCAGACUCUGGCCAGAACCGUGAGAUCGUUUACAGCUUGCUGGAGGAGUCGGACCCAGAAGGGCUUUUCUCCAUCGACCAGUCUGGAGUGCUUUCUGUUGUUCAGCCUCUUGAUCGUGAAAGAAUGCCCCAGCACCACCUGGUGAUCAUAGCCACCGACCGCGGGGUCCCGCCAUUAGCAAGCAGCGCCACCGUCCAACUGCCGCUGCUGGAUGUCAACGAUAAUGGACCGGAGUUUGAAGCCGCUUAUUCCCCGAUUCUUUUCGAGAAUGUAGCUGGACCACAGGUAGUAGCUAUGAACCUGAGCUCCACUCUCCUCCACGCAGUGGACAAAGACUCUCCGGAGAACGGUCCGCCUUUCCAUUUCACGGUGCCACCCGACUAUCGGCACAGCAACGACUUCUACCUGCAGGACAACUUGAAUGGCACGGCGACGCUGACGGCCCUGAGGAUGUUCGAUCGAGAGCGGCAAAAAGAGUUCCUGAUCCCAAUCGUCAUGAGCGACAGCGGCCACCCAGCCAAAACUGUCACCAAUACGCUGACAGUCACCAUCGGUGACCAAAACGAUCACGCUCACGGAGCCGGGGAAAAGAGGGUUUUCAUCAACAGUCACAGAGGCCGCUUGCCCACCACAGUGCUUGGGAAGGUGUACGCUCCGGACCCCGAUGACUGGGACAACAAGACCUAUGUGUUUGAAGGACAUGCGCCGAGCUACUUCAUCCUGAAUAAGAGGACUGGCUUCCUGAUCAUCAAGGAGAACGCUCCGCCUGGGACUUACCAGUUUCAAGUUCGGGUUUCGGAUGGUGUGUGGCCGGACGCCAUCUCCACUGUGGUUGUGCACGUGAGAGAGCUGCGAGAAGAGGCCAUCUACAAUUCGGGGUCUCUCCGUCUGGCAGAUGUUACAGCCAAAGAAUUCAUUGACAUCAGAGGGAAGCAGCGGAGCCGCUACGACUUGCUGGUGGACUUUCUGUCGGAGAUGCUGUCUGUUCCUCCCAAUGACGUGAACAUAUUCAGUCUAAUGGACGUGAAGGAUCGGAUGCUGGACGUCCGCUUCGCAGUGCACGGUGGCGCCUCUUACAUCCAGCCAGAGAAGAUCCACGGCUAUCUGGCGGCGCACAAACAGAAGCUCCAGUCAUUCCUGCAGAUCGCCGUGUUGCAAAUCCGGGUGGACGAGUGUCCUGGAUCGGAAUGUGCCCGAGCCAGUGGCUGCACCAACACCUUGACCCUGAGAGACACGCCCACCGUGGUGGACUGUGGCAGCAUGAGCCUGGUGUCCUUGAUGGUGGUGUCCACCGCGGUGUGCUCCUGCCCGGGCCGAGAACUGUCCCAUCAGCCCUGCUCAGGGUAUCCGAAAAACCCCUGCCUGAAUGGAGGUGUGUGUGUGGACACUCAGCACGGAUAUAGGUGCCAAUGCCCGGCUCAAUUUGAAGGUCCAGAGUGCCAGCAGAAUAAGCACAGUUUCCAUGGCAAUGGCUAUGCCUGGUUCCCUCCCAUGAUGCCCUGCUUUCAGAGCCACAUUUCGCUGGAGUUUAUCACGGACGUGCCUGACGGAGUGCUGCUCUACAGCGGGCCCUUGGCCCAGCUGCAGGCCUGGGACCAGGAGGACUUCAUGGCUAUAGAACUAAUUGAUGGCACCCCUACGUUGAAAGUCAACCAUGGCUCUGGUACAGUGGUGCUACAGUUGCCUAGCAACGUGAACGUGGCCGACAGGCGGUGGCACCGGCUGGACGUCCGCAGCAAUAGCAAGGAGGUGCGAUUCACUUUGGACCGCUGCGCGGGUGCAGCAGUGAUGGAGAUGGAAGGACUUGGCAGCUGGUUGACCACUGCAGACCACUCGUCGUGUGAAGUUGCUGGUAUCACACCCAACACUGACAGACACCUGAACAUGAGCCAGGUGCUCCAGCUCGGUGGCGUCAACGAAAACAUCCCCUAUGAAUAUCCGCAGCUCCAACACAAACACUUCACGGGCUGCAUCCGCAAUCUCAUCGUGGACAGCAAGCUGUACGACCUGGGCUCCCCGGCGGACGCUCACUCCAGCUCACCAGGCUGUCUGACCACCGAUAGCAGCUGCGUCAACAUGGGUUAUCCAUCGUGUGGCCACCGAGGUCUGUGUCACGGCGAGUGGGGCUCCUUCAGCUGCCAGUGUGUGCCUGGGUACACUGGACAUCAGUGCGAUGAAGAGGUUCCGGAGUAUUCCUUUGAUGGCCACAGUCAUGUUCGCUAUCAGCUUUCCUCCCCGCUGCCUGCCCGGAAGACAGCCAUCCAAGUGCUGGUUCGAACCCGCAAACACAGCAGCACUGUCGUCAGCCUGACCUCAAAAGAGCAGAGUGAAUACAUUCGACUUGAGAUCUUCCAGGGCCUGUUGUGUGUCCUCUACAACCUCGGCGAUGGGGACCAUAACCUCACCAUUCCCAACUACCGUCUUGACAACGGAGAAUGGCACGAGGUCUCCCUGGACAGGCACGACAAUGAGAUGACCCUCCGGCUGGACGGUGGUGGAGGGCAGCGGGAGGUUUCCGGAUCCGAAGGCCGGAGUCGAGAAAUCGUCAUUGACCCUACUGUGGUGAUGCUUGGAAACACUUUCCCGUCGGGAACCAACAAAAGCUUUCAAGGUUGCAUGAGAGAUCUACGGCUCAAUGGUCGCCACAUGCCGCUGGACAGCCAGCCUCGAGACGGGGUGUCCCAGGUCAGCGUUCAAGGUCUCUCGCCGGGGUGUUUGUCGGACUCCUGCAAGCGAAACCAGUGCAGCCCUCCGUUCACCUGCGUCGACCUGUGGAGGGUACACGAGUGCAGAUGUCCACCGGGUCACAUGAUUCGCGUCAAUGGAACCAGGAAGUCCUGCGUGUACACGCUGUGUGCAACCCGACCGUGUCACAGAGGAAACUGCGUGGCCCAGUCGCCCACCAAAUUCACCUGCCACUGCCCAGACGGCUACAGGGGGCGCUACUGCGAGACAACGCUGUCCAUCUACCGGGAGGACGUGGGCCUCAGCUUCAGCUCCCUCUUCGCCAUCUGCAUCUGCUUCAUGGCCUUACUAGUGCUGCUGCUGGGCAUCUUCCUCUACACCCGCUGGAGGAGCUACAAAGGACUGAAGGAGGGAGUCUACCACGUGUCGGCGCACCACGACGCCUGGGAGGACAUCCGGGAGAACGUCCUCAACUACGACGAGGAGGGAGGCGGCGAGGAGGACCAGAAUGCCUACGACAUGGCCGAACUGCAGAAGUCCCUCCAGCCGAGUCCGGCCCAGUCCAUCCAGUACUGCCGCUCCAGAGCCCUCCACCACCCGCCGCCCCCGCACCACCACCACCUCCUCCACCAAGCCCCGCCCAACCCCCCCGUCGCCCCACCGUUGGACCCCCUCAGCCGCACGGCGAGCUCCAGCACCCUCCCGCCCUCGGUGGCCUCCUCCGCCUCCACCGCCACCACCUCCGCCAGCCUGCGCCGGGACGUCCCCCCCACCAGACUGCACGCGCAGGGCCAGGCUCAGCCCUCCCAGCUGGCGCGCCGCUCCCUCUCCUUCUCCAGUCAGGACCUGGCCCGCUACCUCUGCGAGAUCAUCCGUGACGCGGACCAGCACCCGGACACCGGGCCCUUCGACUCCUUGCAGGUGUUCUCCACCGAGGGAGGGGGCUCGCCCGCAGGCUCGCUCAGCUCCUUCAGCUCCGCUGGUUUGGACCCCGGGUGCGGCGGGGACACGGGCGCAGAGGCCCGGAGAGAAGAGACGCUUGGGGAGUGGGGCCCCCGCUUCGAGAAGCUCCGUGCGCUGUACGAACGAGCCGAGGCCAGCGACCUUUAAGCGUCCGACAGUGCGAAGGGACCCUGUUCUGGGGCUGAAAAGAAGACUUGCAGAAAUCGCCUCCCCACGUCGGUUUGACCGCACCAACCUGUUUUACUGAGCCCCGUCUGUCAACACAUGGAUGGAGCGAUGGACAGCUCCACUACAACCAGCCAGCUGGAUUCAAAGCUUCUGAGUGUCUCUGCUGCUCUUCAUGAAGCCAUCGCCACUUAACCCCGCCUCUUUUCUAACGCUGUUUGUUGCUGCUCUGGUUGUUGUCGCCCAGAGGACCUGAGAUUAUCAUGAACACAACAAGGACUUUUUUUUUACACACUAGCAAAUGAUAGGCUGAAAUGUAUUUCCGGCCCGCUGCUGGUCCACUUGUAAAUAAACUUGAGCUCCGAGUGGUUCUGUGGAACGUGGUGGACACGUUGUGUUCUCGCUGCGUGGCUGUACGCGGCUUCUGUCAGUGUUUGUACGAGGGGAAAAAAAAGAAAAAAACAAGUGCUUCGACCUCCGCUGGGUUGCAGGGUCCAGUUAAUUUUUAUGUUUUCUCCCGGUAACGUGUCCUUUGCUGGUUUACUGUAUUGGUUGGGUGUUUUCUUCUUCUUCUUCUCUCCGUGGAUUGUAAAAGCAUCAAGCGACUUCUCAUCGUCCACGUCUGAUUUCCUAUUCCGAUGCCGCCGCCACUCCCUCUCACCUGCUCCGGGGAGAUGCUGCGCAGGGAAAUUCAAACAGCUUUGUAACAAAGAAGCGGGAGAGGAACGUGCAGGCGGAGCCAAUAGCCUCCCCCUCGCGCCGCUGCAUACUAAACCUGGCAACUUAAACAGAUGAGGGCUCGCUGGAAUACAAACAGCGGCGGGCGCUUCUCCAAGGUGACUGCUGGAUGAGAAGGAAGGAACCGACACCAGGCCGAGAUGUAUGACUCCAGGCGCAGACAAAUCAUUUAGGUCUUCUCCAAGUGCGCUGAAGAGUGCAUCCAUAAUAGUGACGGGAACAACAAGUGAGAUGUGGCUCUUUUCUUGUUGUUUCGACUUUGUUGUUUCUGUUGUGCUUUCACAAGUGCUCAAACAACAAGUUCAUUUUUUUUUUUUUGUGAUUUCUUUUCCGUCUGCUUUUAUGCAAUGGUUAUAACUGGUUUUGUGCUGAUGAUGUUUCAUGAAACACUUUUACAAAUGGUGAGGUUUCAUUGUCUUGUUUGAAAGCCAAAGAUUGUUGAGCAGACAGCACCAUCUAGUGGCCUCUGAAAGUGAAGACACUGUUUCAUGAAGCCUCACCAGUCAUGACGGGUGGAUGAGGUUUCGUGAAACAGUGUCCUGAUUUUCAGUGGCCACCAGAUGGCGCUGUCUGCUGUAAAAUGUUUGGACUUGAACAAGUCAUUCAAUGAAGCCUCACAUUGUUUCCAAACCAAGAGCGGAACUAGGACACUGUUUCAUCAACCCUGUAACACUGCUUCAUGAUACCUCAUCUACCCAUCACUACUAUCCUAGUUGCACCCAAACAUUCUAGUAAGGAUGUAACAGAAGGAUUUUGCAUCGCAGCGUUUUGAAAUUGCCAACUAUGACAUAUAAUCCAUGUCUGCUUUUCACCAAGCAACUGCACUGCACCUGAAGGAUGUUCAUUGGACUGAUGUGUUGUGAUGGGCUGGUGAGACCUCAUGAAACAGUGUCCUGAUUUUACGAGCCUGGCACUCUCCGCUCUAAAAUCUUUGGCUUUCAAUGAAACCUCACAUCAUUUUCUGAACCAUGAGCGCCACCUUCGGAGCUACAAAAAUCAGAUCACGGUUUCAUGAAGCCUCACUUGCAGUUUCAUGAAACAGUGUCCUACUUUUGAGAUGCUACUUGCUGUACAUUAUUUGGCUUUUAAGCAAGUAUUUUUCUGUCGCUUCAUAUCAUUUUUAAAGCAAGAGCGCCACCUACUGAUUCAUUAAACCUCAGCCCAUUGUUUUGUAUGUUUUUUUAUUAUACAAACUAGCAAUGCAAACGCAGGACAAUAUGACCAGGGUUGUAGUUAGUGAAGUGAAAAUGAAAUGAGCCAUGUCUAUGCAAAGUGUGCGACUAGUUUUAUCUUAUAAAACAGACUUUUGAAGGUUUAAAGGGAGCAUUUUUUCCAUGAAGACCUGCUCAGUUGACAUGAAGCACGAUGAAGAAUUUGGAUCUAAAAUAUCUCAUGGUCACAUUUCUUUCUGGUGUUUGACUUCCGUUCCCAAUUUGAAAUGACUUUCAAUUUUACUUCCAUGUGUCUGACUGUGUCAUUUAUUUUCAGGGUUUCUUUCUCCCCCCUGAUGCUUCUUUUCCGCAGUUGAACACCCAGUUUGAAUUCCAGCGCAUAAGCGGCACGAUCCAUCGCGGAGAAUCAUCUCGCUGAAGGGGAUCAUUUAAAACAUGAUCUAGACUGUGAUCACAAGUGCUUUUGUCACUUGUUUUCGACACAAAGCAGCUGAUUUGCAACUCUCUCGCCGACAACAAAGCAGGAGUUUACAAGCAUAUGAGGCAUAAAAGUAAAUGAGGAUCUGGGAAGAAGGAGCACAUCGUGUGGAGAUGAUCUGCCCGUAGAGGGUGAGUCAGAGCGAGGAGGAAGAGGAUGGUUGAACAAGUGCCUGUCUCUGUGGUGCCACUAUCACAACACGGAGAUCUCCAGCGCGAGCGCUAACAUGCUGGGAGUAAUGGGCUCAAUGGGUUGUUGCACCGCCAGCAACAUAAAGGCUCAGUAUUUUUAAGAGAACGCGGCUUCUGCUGUUCACUGAGUCAAGAACUGUGCGCUGGUGGGGAAAGCUUCAGGCGUCGCUCCUGAAGUUGGUGAAUUGGUCAUGAUGAGAGACCAAAAAAAAAAAAAAACCAAAGGAUGUAUGUAAAGUGAAAAAAAAAAAAUUAUAUAUAUAUAUAUAUAUAUGAUGUUGCAGUGUUGCGGAGGUGCACCACUGCAGGAAAGACGAAUGGGAUUUCAAGGAAUUUUUUUGGUUUUGUUUUUGUCCUGAAUGAGCCACUUGGCCUUUGGAAAAGAGACGCCUGGCACUGGCAACCUCACAUCCCCCCUUCUCAUUCAUCUGUACCAUAAAAGCAGCUUUUCAAGUGUUGUGUUCCGAGUGCAGACAUGUUGUGAGCAGAAGUCAUGUUCUUGCCCCAUCUGUAAAUCCAGAGUUGAUAACUAUUGCUUUUCUUCGGUCACCAGAAACAAAAACGUGUGUCUGUGGAUACAGAAAAUAUAUAGAGUAAAAUACUGCUUUUUUUUUUUUUUUUUUUUAAAUUGUCAUGAUGAUGCGCUUUGGAGAGUUCUGUGUUUUGUAUUUGCUUUCAUCAUUAUCU